AUUUUGCGCCGGGAAUUCGGUACUUGAUCCCGAUGAUUUAUCGGCGUGGUAAGAGCCCUGUUUCUGUAUUCUGGUUGCUAAUGCAAAAGGACGCAGAUCCCUCCCGUUUUCUCUCUUUAUUUAUAAGAACCUUUUCUUUUUUCCCACUCAUCGCUGUAUUACUCUUCGUCAUCGAGUGCAUGUGCGUUGGGCGGUUGUAUGGUUUGGUAUGGUAUGCGCUCAAAGAAAGAACAUAUUGCGGGACAAAGUGAGGGGGGAAAAUCAUAUACUGGGUCGGAUAUGAGUUCCAGAGUGUCGUUACGAAACCGAUGAGAGAUUCUACAGCGGUUGCCCCAGAUUGAUAAGAGGUGGCUUAAGGCAAUCGACCUACAAUAUGGAGGACACGAUUUAUCGCUCACCGCCGUCCCAUGAUCCACGAGACGAAACGAUGUCGCAAGUACCCAUUGACGAUACACCAAAUUCAGCGGAUGACUAUCGACAAAAUGAGAAAAAGGGCCAGCGUCAGGAGCAGGAUCUGUAUGAAGAGCCUAACAUCGUCCUACCCCCUACCAUCAACGCUGCCUACGACUGGUCCGGCCCCGAUGACCCAGACAACCCUCGCAACUUCUCAGCCGCUUUACGCAUCUUCAGCACCAUUGCCAUCACCAUGCUGGCCAUGAUUGGAACCGUGGCUGGAUCAAUGUAUGCGCCCGCACAAGACGCAGUCGCUUCGUCCCUCCACUGCAGCCGCAUUGUCGCUGUCCUGCCCCUUUCGCUGUACAAUCUGGGGCUUGCCUUUGGGCCCAUGGUCGGCGCACCACUUUCAGAGACAUACGGCCGUAAAUCUGUCUUCAUGCUCUCGACCCCAGUCUUUGUGCUGUUCAUGCUCGGAGCCGGUUUCAGUCGCUCAAUAGCUGGGUUAACGGCCUGCCGCUUCUUUGCUGGCGUGUUUGCCUCACCCCUGAUCAACAAUGCGCCGGCCACGCUGCUCGACUUUACGCCGCCGCGGUAUCGGGGUGUCAGUCUGGGGGGUUACUAUGCUGUGCCGUCGUUUGGUGCUGCUUUUGGGCCCUUGAUUGGAGGGUUUGUCCUGCUUGUCAAGCCGUGGCAAUGGACGCAGUGGAUCUCCAUCUUCAUUACGGUUGCGUUUUACAUCCCUGUGUGCUUCACUCGCGAGACGUACAAGAAGGUGAUUCUCAAACGACGGGCUACGCGUCUAGGAUUGCGUGACUCGGCAUCUCAGAGAACGUCACCGGGGCGAGCGUUUAGAUACUUCUUCACGACUCUGAUCCAGCGGCCUCUGCACAUGUUAUUUACGGAGCCAAUUGUCACACUAGUAAGCGUGUAUAACGGCUUCUUGUUUGGUCUUUUGUACACGUUUGUCGUGUCUGUGCCGUGGAUAUUCAGGCACUACUAUGGGUGGUCGGCGGAGAGUGAGCCGUUGUCGUAUUUGGGGUUGAUGUGCGGCACAGCUCUUGCAGCAGCGCCCCUGAUUCUGAUCGAUCUCUUCUCUUACCAAAAGCGUUUGACAGAGUGGCAGCUUCAUCAUGAUGACGAUGAGCCACUGCCUUCGGAGAAUCGUCUCAUGUCGGCACUGAUUGGAAGCAUUAUGCUGCCAAUCUGUCUCUUCAUUGUUGGCUGGACGGUGCAUUACCACGUGCACUGGAUUGUGCCAAUCAUUUUCCAAGGUCUUGUUAUGCUGUCAUCUCUUCUCGUCUAUGCGGGCGCCAAUCUCUUCAUGCUGGAUGCGUAUGGUCCACUAUAUGGAGCGUCCGCAUCAGGAUCCAUGAUGUUCACCCGUUACUUGCUGUCUGCUGUGUUUCCUCUCUUUGCGUUACAAAUGUACGAGAACUUUGGGGCGGGAUGGGCUACGAGCAUUCUGGGCUUUGUGACAUUGGGGAUGGCACCGAUUCCUUGGUUCUUUAGGGCGUAUGGGGAGAAGCUGAGGGCGAGAAGCAAGUAUGAGAUGAGCACUUAGGAAGUUGGCGUAUAUGAUGAUAUGAUGGCUAUGAUCAGCGUUGCGAUUAAUGUAGACGAUACAAUAUUGAUGUCGAAGACGUAUCAGAUAGAUAUGUCGAGAUCCUGUUGUAGGAUAGAAACACUUCUUACGCCACUCAUCGAAAAUAGAACUCUUUCUAUACCA